AAUUCUAAGGCAUAGAUAGCCCUCUGCGGAUGCGCAAGCAGCGGAUGCUUCAGCCCGUUAUUGCUCAGUAUCCAGUCUUUCUCAGAGUUGGAUCUCUCAGUGUUUUCAUCGAGAAAGUGAAGGAAAACUCAAAGUGAUAUGCUACAUACAUUUUAUUUUUUGUAAAAAUCGAAAUUGUACUUAACGAAGAAUGGAAUUUCGUGGGAUCAAGGCGAGCAGAGACUGUACAAUCUCUGUCGCUGAGUGAGUAUCUAUCUCACUGUUUCUGAUUGUGCUGCUGCGGAAAUGCUUGAAACUGCUGCAUGAAUGGUCGUGGGUAACACCGGGGAUUGCGGUAGGCUACAUUGCGAAGCUAUCCCCUGACUAACAGACAAUGUGCCCACUCAAGCCUGACGCAGAAGGUAUCCGAUGAAUGAUUCCUGGUUUAAUUUGUCUUUUGGGUUGUAACGAAGAUCAAUGGAGAGACCUGCGCGUCCGUGCGCCCUGGUACCAUUUUUACACUAAUGCUGUGUUAAUUUGGGUUACAUGUCCCUACUGAAAUUCCCAACUCCAAGGCUCAUACAACGUUGAUGCUGGAUAAUUCAGCAACAUUGUUGUAAAAAUGCUGAACAGCGUUUUGUUGCUCAGCGUUUUAACUGUGACCAGUUUCGCAUCGAAGACAGAGAGCCGCAAAACAUCGAAAGAAAUUUGUAAGAACCGCUGCUCCUGUGAGGAAAAGGAGACUAUAUUGAGCAUUAACUGCGAAAACAAAGGGUUUACAACGGUGAGUCUAUUUCAGCCUCCACCGAACAAAAUCUGCCAACUCUUUCUCAAUGGAAACUUUCUUUCGAGACUGAAUCCGAACGAGUUUAUCAAUUAUGGUAAUGUCACAUCCCUUCAUCUGGGAAACAACGGGUUACAGGAGAUACAGAAUGGAGCUUUUACUGGACUGAGGUUUUUAAAACGACUUCAUCUCAACAACAAUAACUUGGAGAUAAUCAAGGAAGACACCUUUGCUGGUUUAGAGAGUUUGGAGUAUUUACAGGCAGAUUAUAAUUACAUCAGUGCUAUUGAAGCAGGUGCAUUCGGCAAAUUAAAUAAACUCAAAGUCCUGAUUCUCAACGACAACCUCAUGCUGUCUCUUCCCAACAAUGUAUUUCGUUUCGUUAUGUUAACGCAUUUGGAUCUAAGGGGGAACCGGCUUAAGAUGCUGCCUUUUGCUGGUGUGCUGGAGCACAUAGGCGGCAUUAUGGAGAUCCAACUGGAGGAGAACCCGUGGAAUUGCACCUGUGAUCUGAUACCCUUAAAAGCCUGGCUGGACACCAUCUCGGUCUUUGUAGGGGACAUCGUGUGCGAGACCCCCUUUAGACUGCAUGGAAAGGACAUUACGCAAUUGAUUAGGCAAGAUCUAUGCCCCCGACGUAAUGCUGGUGAUUCUAAUCACCGCGCAAUGCAGCCCCCUUCUGAUUCUCAAUACGACGGCCCCUCUCCCACCCUACACCCCGGUGUCACUCCAACAAAAGGUCCACGAGCCUCCCGUCCCCCUAAAAUGAGAAAUCGCCCUACACAACGGAUAACGUCUGGUAAGGACAAACAAGUGCUGGGGCCUAUAAUGGUUUAUCAGACUAGGUCCCCUGUUCCCAUGACCUGCCCUAGUAUAUGCGUCUGUACCUCCCAGAACGCAGACAGUGGAUUAAAUAUCAACUGCCAGGAGAGGAAAUUGCAUAAUAUAACAGAGCUUACCCCUAAACCCUCCUAUCCAAAGAAAUUGCAUUUAACAGGGAAUUACUUACAUACCAUAUAUAGAACAGACCUAACCGAAUACAGCACACUAGAGCUCCUCCAUUUAGGAAAUAAUAGGAUAGCUGUUAUUCAGGACGGGGCCUUUGACAACCUGGCUAAUCUACGGAGACUUUACCUCAAUGGCAAUUACAUUGAAAGUCUAUCCCAAUCAUUAUUCGUAGGGCUGCAGAGCCUUCAAUAUUUAUACCUGGAGUACAAUGUCAUCAAGGACAUUUUACCACAGACGUUUAACUCAUUACAUAAUCUGCAGCUGCUGUUCCUAAACAACAAUCUAUUAAGAUCCCUUCCCGACAAUAUUUUUUGGGGGACUAUGCUAACAAGACUGAACCUGAGGAACAAUCACUUCUCCCACCUGCCGGUGCGCGGUGUGCUCGACCAGCUCUCCGCAUUCAUUCAGAUCGAUCUGCAGGAGAACCCAUGGGAUUGCACAUGCGACAUCGUUGCCCUUAAAAACUGGAUGGAGCUGUCCAGUACCAGCGUAGUGGUAAAUGAAAUCACAUGUGAUUCGCCCUCCAAACACGCAGGGCGACUGCUCAGAUCCCUGCGUAAUGACGCAAUUUGUCCCGAGCCUAACGAGGUCACAGUAGGCCUAACCAAGGCUCCCACCGUCAGUCCCAGCACCGACUCCACUCCCCCGCUUGCCAUCACGUCAAUAGCAGAGCAGAUACCCGAGAUGCACGCGGAGGUGCCCCUGUCUGUUCUCAUACUUGGACUACUCGUGGUGUUCAUUCUGUCGGUCUGCUUCGGGGCUGGUCUUUUCGUAUUCGUCCUCAAACGACGCAAAGGAAUUGAUAGCGUUCCCGCCAGUGCCAAUAAUUUAGAUAUAAACUCUUUCCACGUACAUUAUGGUUCAUAUAGCUCAGAGCCCACUGCAGAUAAAACAGAGACACAUGUGUAUAACUACAUCCCUCCCCCCGCUAGCCAGAUGUGUCAGAACCCCAUCUACAUGCAGAAAGAUAGCGAGCAGGUGGCGUACUAUAGGAAUCUAAAAGAGCUAACUUUCAGCACCAUGGACCCGAAAAAGUCGGAGUUGCCCCCAAGCCCAUAUACCAUAAGCACAGUGGAACUCAUUGAGAAACAAUCUUGUGGCAAUCGACAGCCGGAGCUGCUAUAUCAAAACAUUGCAGAGAGAGUUAAGGAGCUUCCGACUGCUGGCGAUCAGAAUUACAGUUUCUGCACUUUACCGAAAAAACAAUUCAUCCCUCCAUUUGAAACUACUAGACGACACAAACAGGACAGGUUGAAUAAAACUGUUCUCUAUGGGACUCCACGAAAGUAUUAUGCUGAACAAUCAAAAAAUGAACACCCUUUGCUGCCUGGGAAGCUAAAAACAGAACCAGACUACCUCGAAGUUCUGGAAAAACAAACAGCAAUGAGUCAGUUGUAAGAUAUGGCCCUACUUACUAUCAUCACACGUAUUACAUCGAUAUGUAUCUAUGUAUUCCACAAAUUGACGAGUCCAACUCAAACAAAGCAACCUAAGCCUUUUUAUCUUUUUUAUGUUCCAGCUGUAUUGAGUCAACGUAGCCCUUUAUGCAGACAGUUAUAUUAUAUUACUGGAGGUUUAACAUAUUUAUUCUACUUUAAAUAUAAAGACUGUAGCAGGUACCGCAAGAACUAUGUAUAAUACUGCUGUGUGCAUUUUAUAUAAUAUAUUUUAUUUUCUCUGUGGAAACAAAUAUCCUUUUUAGAUGAAUAAUUGAGAAAUUACAUUCCUGUAUAUAAUAAUGAGUGUGAAACACAUGUAAAGGUUCCGUCACACAUGACGCUCCAUUUAUUCCAGAAGUGCCUUUGCACUCCGGGUAUUUUAUCUUUGCUUUCUGCAAAUGGAAAUUUGCUGUAUUUUAAGAAUCUUUAUGUACAAUUUAAUUAUUUGUCCAUUACAUUAAACAUAAUUGAAGAGGGUAUGAUAUGUAUGGUAAAUAAUGUUUUGAAUAUCUAAGUGUCUUUCAAGAUGUACAAUUUAGCGAUUUGCAUAACAUUGUAUGCUAUAGAUGAGCAAUACAAGUGCCAUAAGAGCAAUUACAUUUUCACCGAAGCACUUUGUCAAGUCUGAAUUUGAGGUGAGCAUUAUUAAGAUUAUCACUGUCUGUCUUUGUGUUUGUGUGUGUUAGUUUGUGUGUGUGCUCCCAUGUGAUGAGGGGUUGGGUGCUUUGGGGGCGGUAACAUCGCUCUCUUUGAUGGAAUCCAUAGACCAAGGUGUAUUGAUGAGGAAUUUGCUGAGUACUUUUGGCACGAAUUACGAAUUUAUCGACCAAGGGCCCUCACAGGAAUACCAUUAAUUUCACACUUAUUAUUUUGUCACCCAAAAGUUAGAGAGAAGCAGUUUCCACUAAAAGUGUAGAUUAUUUAUCUCUAUAUUCUGAUUUAAGGGUGAUAAAAACUGUCUCGAACAGGAACAACCACAGCCCUCCAGGAGCCUACUUGAAAGGCACAAAUUAUGAUUAGUUCUCAAAGCUCCUCAUACACAAAAUGUCUUGUUUCUAGUGGUUUUAAUGAGACAAGUUUAUAUUCUGCCCUUCAGGUGACAUUUGCUUUGAGGUCUGCUGUAGACCUAUACCUUCUUCAAGCCCAGAUUGUUCUGCUGUUUUUUCUCUCACUUUGUUUCCCGGCUGCUUCAAGUAGCUACUAUUGUGUCACUGUCCAUGUUGCAGAUUUUUUUCAGCUUGUGCAUUUUCUAUGGAUUCUACAGUGUGGGGACCUUUCACUUGAUUUGUUGGAUUUCACAUUGACUUUGUAAAGAGUGCACAGUGUUGUUGUUUUUUAUCACAGGUUGUUAAUCACAUUGGUCAAAUUAAUUAAUGAAAUAAGUGUCUACUGAGAACCAACAGAAAUUGGGAAUUUAAGUUAGCAAUAACAGGCCUUCUGAUUUGAUUGAAUCAUGGAUUUUAUGCUUAAACAUUUUCAAUACAGAACACUGACGAUGAAAAAGUUCAUUAUGUGAGUCUUAUCUUAAAUUACCAAUAUUCUACUUGUGGGUAAGUGAGCUUGUGCUUGUGGGUAACUAGCAGAGGCCAUUGAGUUGGUGUGAGUGAGACUGAGUGAGAGUUCUGUUCAUUCCUUCUGAAACAGAGUGAUUUUUUUUGCCUGGGCACAAUGGGCCUCUUUGUUGCUGUUUACUGGUGCUGUGGAGAAUGAGGGGUUGGACAUGUCUUGCACACCAAUGAGGCAGCUAGCUCCCACAGUCCCCACCACACUCCUCCUCUCCUCAUAUCACACAUGGGACUGGGAGGAGGAGAGAUGGCGAUGGAAUGCAAUAGCUUUACAACAGAAGCUAUCAAUCACUCCGGUCAGUUCACACCGGAAAAUAGGAUAAAAUAUUAUAAAUUGCUUCACAAUUUGAGGUUGAGUGACUAUUAUGUUGUUUGGAACAUUUGAGUCGUUGUGUCACAAAGGAUUUCCUUCAAUCCAUGGAUCCUAUAAAGGAAUCAGUUGUCAGGUAUCUUUAUUGAUCAACAGAUUGUAAUUGAUUCACUAGAUUGUAAUUGAUUCACUCUCCCUCUUUCAUUUAAUUCCAACAAUAUGGUUCCUGUUGUAGACAGGAAGGGGAUGUAAAGCUUGACCUUGCUAUGCUAAGGCACUAUCGGUGAACUAGAGUGAAUCAAUGGAGACUGCUUUCAGAUGCUUGCUGCUAGGGGCCUCAAUCCCAGACCUCUUCAGAAAUACUCUCGGCAAAGUUCAUGUUUAUUCAAAGGUCGGACUGUCUUUUUUUCCUCUUUGAUUUGUGAUGAGGCCCAACGAGAGUUGCCUAUGCUUGUUGUGUAUGAUACUGAAUCUCUUUGACAUGGUGGAGACUACGAGACCUGUGGGAAGCAUGGAAGGUCUAUGUUCCUCCUUCCCAGUGUCCCCGGGAUUGUCCGGAGUCACAACCAAUUCACUCUCAAAGUAAUGAAGUGAUAUUUUGAAACCAAUAGUAAGGUCAGGCUCUGUGACAUAUUUAAUGAACCUUUAUUUUAUUUUACAACCUUUACAUAUUACUAUUUCAUAUUUUGGAUCAAUAUAGAUGCAUUUUUUCCACAUUAACUAUCAGAUUGUAUAGUUUAUCUAAGAAAUGUUCAGAUAAAUGCUAGGCUCUCAUAAUGUAAACAGUGCUACAGGAAUAUUUGUUAUUGAUUAAAUCAAAGUAAUCAAGUAAACAUCUCAAAGUACAGUUAAUUGAAAUAAUCAGCCAUAUGCUGAAAUAUGAGCCAUGUUCACAAUAUGUUCAGCUUAUUUACAGUCAUUUUAAGUGUUCAGUAGAGUCAAUGUUUCCUGCUGACAUGGUUGUGCAAAUUAUGGGGAUAUAUUAUGCGUUCUAGUCUUUGUUUCAGAGAUGAGGUUUGUCUAAGAGAGAGAGCGAGAGCGCGCGAGAGAGAGAGAGAGAGAGUGUGUGUCUUCUUUCCUUCCACAGUCCUUUGACGAAUAUUGCACCAGUUUCAUGGCUGCUUAAUCAUUUAGACAUUAAUGAUGGGCCAUGUUAGAUGUUGACAGAAUUCCUUGAACAACUGUCGCAGGAUAAACAACCUUGUAGUCGCUGCACAAUGUACAGUCUGCUGCCUAACAGUACAAAUGUGUGCCCUGUUUGUGAUCUAUGAACACUGACGUGGCAAUGGUUUAAAACAGCCACAACCUCUCUGUUAAACACACCGCAUGAACAGUGAAGGCUGUUGGACUCACAGCCAUGACUAAGAUCAAUGGGCUGCUUUCCCCCAUUUUUCUGUAUGGUUGAGGGAUAAUCCUAAUGCACACAGCAGCCGGCCGACAUCUGUGUGUUAAAGGAAUGGUGACAGACUGCCGACUUCUCCAAAGGUUAACUCAAGCUAAAUCUGACCUUGUGUCCACUUUCUCUGGAACACAACACAUUGAUCUUAUUAGAAGAAGAAAAAAAGAGCAAUUGAAGUGAAACUCCAUCCAAGUGAAUAUGAUAAAUGAGAAGGGCCAAAUCUACGCUAGCUAGCAUUCACUUUUGUGUUGUCCUUUCAUAUGAGAUUACAUGUAGUACAGAGUUCAGAGGAACUGUGGAGGGGUAAUGAGGAUAUCUGAAUUGUGCUCUGGGGAAUUUAUGAGUGUGUUAUUUCAGUGGAGGUUGUUCCAUGCAUGUGUGAUUGAGAAACAACAAAAUAUUGGAAACCAUCUUGAACCACCCUUCCACCGCUCAGCCCCAUAUUAUGCUGAGUUUUCAAUGUCCUCGGUUUAAAACACUUUUUCCACAUGAGACAAUAUUAAUAAGCCUUUCCUGUUCAAUGCCUGCCACAAAAUGUUAUCACUGCAGUCAUUAUUUGACACUUGAAGUGUGAAGCGGCUACACAGUAAGCAAAUGUCCCAGGGAAGACUUUAUUGGUUUGUGUAACAAGGCAUGGCAAGUGGCUCCUCUAUAAUCCAAUCAGCUCCUUCUCCCACUGGUUAGCCGUCCUACCAUAUAACCCUCACACAAUGUAGCAUUCAUGUCUGCCAUGGCCACAGACAUUUUUCCAGGAAGUGCAUGGAGGCCUUUCUCCCAGCAACAUGGAAAAGUCUAUUUUUUACCCCCAAGAAUGCAAUGGAAAUCCAACUCGCUUGUGAGACCAAUAUAACUCUAAUGGCUCUGUAAAUGGAGCAUGUUAUAUAGAAUAUGCAACAAUGAAUGGAAAAGGCAUCUAAUUUGUUAACAUCAACAUACCUCGACCUUACCUAUAUUUCCAACAUAUUUGUUUAAUUCAUAGAUUUGUAUUGUUUCGUAUUCACAUGCAGUACAUGACGCAACCUGACUUUUGUUAUACAAUACUGUAUAUUGAUAUCAAUCCAUAUUUCUGGAAAAUUACUAAUAAAAUGUUGAAUUAAUAAUAUAGCCCGGUUGUUUAUAACAGAUGUGACAGCAGUGCCUUUGGGAACUCACAGGGAGGUCUGGCAUCUCCUCAUCAGUGGCUUAAAAUAACAGUACUAAUAAUAUUGAGCACAAUCUGACACCCCAAACAACUGUUGACACAUUAUUCACAUCGAAUAACAUACAUGGGAACGUGAUGCUGAAGUACUGAAAAAAACUAAAUUUGAACCCGUGCUAUUGCCUGCAGGAAAUUCUUGCAGUCCCAAUUUUUGGAAGUGCAUAAGUCCUUGACUCAACUGCAGCUGGUUCUUCAAGGCUACUGCAUUUUCACAUUGCAACGUGAAACAGCUGGUGCUCAUUCAAGGAUUCCUGCAAUCAAAUAAUUCCUCCUGUGCUGAGUAUAGAAGAAUAAUCAGAAAAUGUGCCAUACGAUGGGAUUUCUAACAGCAAGAACAUUUAUAUUGACAUACAGUAGAAAGAAGGAGAAGCUUGCAGGAUAAAUUAUUGAAAUAUCAACCAGAGUACAGAGGAUAACGAUUUUCUUACACUUUUUUCUCCGUCAGUCAGCCAUUUGACAAGAUGGGCACCAUACAUACAAAAAUCUAUUAUUGGUUCUCUCUUUUCAUUAAAACAUGCAAUAGAAAUAAAAAUACAACUCUGUUAUCCAAUUCAACUAAUAUAUGAUUGUACUAUUUAUUUUUAUUGAGGGUAUGACUAAUCCCGAAGGGUUUACACAUUAACAUGCAAAUAUUAAUAUGUGCUCUAAAUCUGUGUGUUACUGACUCUGCCUAUACAAGGGAAACAGCACAGGAGGCCUUAUGGUAGUCUGGGAAUGUUAAUAAGAUGGUUCUCUCGAGGCAGCAGCAAAGUCACGGACGAUGGUUCAGAUAUCCAGAUGAUCAAUAGCAAGCCCAGACUGUGUUAGUGGGGGGGGGAUGCAUCCGUGUCAAACUGUCAGUGGAAUGCAGCUGACCACUGAUGCCCUUGAGGAUGGAUUUACACCACUGGCCACCACGUUGCACUUCCCAUCCCAUCAAACCCUUACUCAACGACAAUGGAGGGCCCAAAGGAGGUCUCUCUACGGCCACCAUCAAGGCUACAGCCAUCCGUCUAUUUAGAGUGACUCAAAUGAAGACAAGACUGUCUGUUUGACUUAAUAUUAACCCAUCUGUUGCCAAUCCCCUCCAAUUGUCAAAUGGCAGGAGGGGAAGAUGCAUUCUGUUGCUCAAGUGAAGAACAACACCCCGUAAAUCUAUGUAUUUGAGUUACAGGGUCACAGGCUUUGUAAAUGGAGUCUACGGAGUGUACAAAACAUUAAGGACACAUGCUCUUUCCAUGACAUAGACUGAAUCCAGGUGAAAGCUAUGAUCCCUUAUUGAUGUCAAUUGCUAAAUCAGUGUAGAUGAAGGGGAGGAGACAGGUUAAAGAAGGAUUUUUAAGCCUUGAGACAAUUGAGACUUGGAUUGUGUACGUGUGCCAUUCAAAUGGUUAAUGGGCAACACAAACUAUUUAAGUGCCUUUGAACGGGGUAUGGUAGUAGGUGCCAGGCGUACCGGCUUGUGUCAAGAACUGCAGUGUGGCUUGGUUUUUCAUGCACAAUAGUUUCCCGUGUGUAUCAGGAAUGGUCCACCACCCAAAGGACAUGCAGCUAACUUGACAACUGUGGGAAUCAUUGGAGUCAAAUGAGCCAUCCCUGUGGAACGCAUUCGAUACCUUGUAGAGUCUGUGCACCGAUGAAUUGAGGCUGUUCUGGAGGCAAUAUUAGGAAGGUGUUCUUAAUGUUCUGUACAUCCAGUGUAGAUUACAGUUCUAAUGACCACUAUGCAGAUACAAUUUGGACUGAAAGAGUAUAAGCUUCUCCUUUAACAUAGCAUGUGCACCAUCUAAAACACAUUUAAAAUGUCACAUCCAUGUGUAUUGUUGGAUUUGUGACUAGUGAAGAAGCAAAGUCUGGUGAAUUAUGAGGUUAGAUCCCCUAGUGAAUGCCAGUGAAAUAUUGCCCUACGAGCUCACUGAUCAGCCUUCCUUCUACAUCCAGUCUGAGAAUGAUAAGCGAUAGCACAGGUCCAUCCAUCUGCGAUUACAGCAGAAUCUAAAACCUUUAAACUUCCCUCUGGGUGGAGGCAAUUUGUCAGGGAAGUGCAGUGCAGUCAAAAAUGUGAUUUUCCUUUGUUGUGUAUAUAUAUAUAUAUACACACAUAUAUAUGAACAAUACUGGGAAAUUGUGAAAUGAUAGUGCUAUUUUACUGUAAGAGCUAUUUGAAAAGGCUAUCAGAAAUAUCAGCUUGUUUUAGGUGGGAUGGAGUUCUGACCUGCCUUGUCAUAUCACCAGUUUUCAGUUUUCCCCUCCUCACUCAAACCACUCCCAGAAAUUGUUCUUUGCUAAGAAGCAAUUAUAUAUAUUUUUUUACCAUUUUAAAUGAGAAAAAAAAAUCACAGUAAGGUACUUAAUUGUUACACAGAAAUGACUUUAUAUUGAGGUAAAAACAGCUGCAUUGGACCUUUAAAAGAGUGACUAAACAAGCAUAUUGUUCUAUGUGUUUUUCUGUUGCUCGUAAAAAUAAAAACUUUCAGUCCUG